AUGAUCCGCGCUCGCCUCGCUACCCAGGCCAUCCGCCCUCUCUCGCGCGGCGUCACCACGUCGGCACCUCGUGCCCUCGCGACCCACGCGUCCGACAGCCACGUCGUCAAGGCCAAGGCAUGGGAGAACCCUUUCCCGAACGACACCUUUGCUGUCGGUCCCAAGAACGGUUUCCUGCCCACCAAGGAUCCCCUCGAGACCCUUCCACAAGAGUAUGAGGCGAUGGACACGCUCCUCGAGAACAUGCGCCUCCAGAAGAAGGACGGCAAGCCCGGUCUCCUCAUGACCGGCGAAUUUGGCGCGGCGGUCGACCGCGACCUCCCCGAAUACGACAUCUCCAAAGUCACUGACGGCGAGCUCCUCUCUGCGCUCUACCGCGACCUUACUUUUGUCGCUUCCGCUUACCUUCUCGAGCCAUGCGACCUCCAGUACCGCAAGGACAAGACCUACGGUCUUGGCCGCCAGACCCUCCCCCGUAACAUUGCCGUUCCCCUCCACCAGGCCGCUGAGAAGAUUGGCCAGCGCCCGUUCAUGGAGUAUGCCCUCUCGUACGCUCUCUACAACUAUCGCCGCAAGGACAAGUCCAAGGGCAUCGACUAUGACAACCUCGACCUCAUCCGUGCCUUCUCGGGCUACCCCGACGAGUACGGUUUCAUCCUCGUUCACGUCGCCAUGGUCCGCCACUCUGGUGACCUCACCUCGGCCUCGCUCCGUGCCCUUGACUCGGCCGCAACCGGCGACCGCCCCGGUUUCGACAAGGCCAUGACCGACCUCCUCGCCACGUACCAGAAGAUCAACAACGUCAUGGAGACCAUGUGGGGCCGAUCCAAGCCCGAGGGAUACCUCUCCUACCGCACUUUUAUCAUGGGCACCAAGAACCAGCCCAUGUUCCCCAACGGGGUCAUGUACGAGGGCGUCUCGGACGAGCCGUUCAAGAUGCGCGGCGAGUCGGGUGCCAACGACUCGAUGGUUCCUCUCGGUGACAACCUCCUCGAGAUCACCUCCAGGAUGCCCAGCAACCCGCUCACCGAGGUCCUCCGCGACUUCCGUUCCUACCGCCCCCGCAACCACCAGGAGUUCCUCACCUAUGUCCAGCAGCGUGCCAGCGCCGUCGGCAUUCGCGACUUUGCUCUCAAGAACGCCAACUCUGCCGCCAUGUACCUUGCCAACGUUGACCAGAUCCGCGCCUUCCGCCACCGUCACUGGCUGUUCACCAAGGAGUACAUCCUGAAACGUACAACGCACCCCGUCGCUACUGGCGGCUCGCCGAUCGUCACCUGGCUCCCGAACCAGCUCGACGCUGUCCUCAAGCAGAUGAUCGAGACCGACUCGAUGAUCGACCGUGAGGCUCUCAAGCCCCAGUACCGCGCCAUGGUUGAGGAGAUCUCCCUCCGCGCCGAGGCUCAGCAGCGCGUGCUCACCCGCGAGGUCGCCAAGCUUUCGGCUGAGCGCGGACACCAGUCGGUCGGCGUCGACGCCGUCGAGCGUGACGGCGCUGCCGCCGGGGGGUACGCUGCGACUGCCUAA